AUGUCGUGGCGCGAAAGCCUACCGUGCACAUAUGUCUCAAAAGCUGGGUCAUCAACAACGGAAGCCUCGUCGUCUCGAGACGACUCGGUGUCCGUGACAACAUCUCAGGAUGCUAUUUCACCCAGAAAACAACGACCAAGUAUCGCUUCAAGCUCCCAAUCAAUCCCCUUUGACUCGAUAGAAGAAGGACCGCCUCUCAUUCCUGACGAUGCGAUAAUAUCGCUCGUCAAUCAGUACUUCGAGCGGCUCUAUCCCCUAUCUGCUUUCUGCUUCCUCCACCGAGCCACAGUCAUCCAAAGAUGUCACGACAAGACCAUCGAUCGAGCGCUUCAGUUGGCCAUUUGCUCUAUCACGGCCAUCUACUUCGACCAAUGUCAAGGCGAGCGUGAUGCAUGGGCUGGAGAAGCUGAGCAGCUUAUACUCGACCGGCUCGAACAACCUUCCAUUUUCAAGAUACAGGCGUCCGUCCUCCUAAUACGAUAUAGGGCCGCUGUGGGACAGUUCCCCAGGGCAUUCAUAAUGGCCGGUCUUGCAGCUAGAUGGGCUGCAGCGAUACGUCUCAACUAUGAACACUCCAAAUUAAGUCCUGUCGCUCAAGAAGUUCGCAGGCGAACAUUUUGGUCUCUGUCCUUGCUUGAGGAUAGCUUUUGCGUUGGUCUGAAAGAGUUCGAACUUUUUGAUGCCGACACGAUAUACUUACAACUCCCCUGCGAAGACGCCGACUUUCAGCAAGAACGACACGUCCCUACUGGAUACUUACAGCCUGCUAAGGGGCUCGAGCCAGAGGUCCUGAGAACGCGGGCAGCGUUUGUGCGGGUGGCUUUCAUUCGAAGAGCGAUUGUAAGGCUCAAUCGACGAAUCAACGUGAAAGAGGUCAAUCUCCCCGAACUCCUUUCGUCGAUGGAAAAGUUCCAGAAUGAUCUUCUUCGCUUAAGGACCAGACUUGCGCCUUGUGAUCAAUACCCACCCUCAUAUACACAAGACAUUCGUUUAUCACCACAAUACUUUGUAAUGCACAUGAAUUGGCACUUAACCCACUGCGACCUUUACCGAAUCUUCCUCACUGGAUAUCCUGAGACUACACCAGAACCCAUGAUUGAGGGUAUUUCCGCAGCCGAGAAGGAGUUGAUGAAAGACAAGUGUCUAUCUCAUGCGGAACAAAUCGUCAAAGUCUUGUCGGACUUUGUGCAGCAUAAGGAAGAGAAUGAAAUACUUGAGUUUGAAGCAGCUAUCUGUGCGUACCAUGCGGCGAGGCUGGUGCUUUUCGGAACAUACACAGGCAAGGACAAUACAGGACUGCCCAUGCAGAUGGCCAUCAAUAAGGCACAGCUGUGUCUAGAUGUCAUCACGCGAUACUUUGCAUUCUCAGAACAACUGAAGUCAAUGCGACAAGAACUUGAACGAGUUAUACAGCAACACAAAGCGUGGCUUGAGUCUUCAGACCACCGCGCCAUCACAACAACGACUGAUCCAAAUCCGGCCCAAUCUUCGAAGCUCGCCAAAGAUGCAUAUAUCCGCCAGCGACUGGCGAUACACAGUCUUCUUCGACAAUCCGAUUUCGUCGACGACAGUCAUGAUGCAGCUCCUGCAGCUCCACUUGAAGCAGAAAGUGAGCAGCAAUCUCCCGAACAGCAGACGAAUUGGGGCAUCAGAGACCCCGUUACAGAUCAAAAUUUGAUGUUUGGUCUGCCUUAUGGCGGAGGGCUGGAUUUAAAUGCAUGGGCAUCGAGUAUGGCCGGAAAUCAGGACUUGAAUGGGCUUUUUACGGACUUUGACGAGCAGUAUAUGUACUGA